AAAUCAAUCAAACCUUCAAAAAAGAAAAAACAAAAAGAAACCUUCCUUCAUUUUCCAGAAAUUUAAAAUUCCAUACCAAGAUUCCCCAAAAUUAUUCCAAAGUUCCCCCAAUUCCAAUUCAAUGCAGGAAUCGAAACCCUAGAGUUACCAUAUAUGAGAGAACGAGAAUAAUUGUUAGUAUAACUAUUGUAAUGCAUGUAGCAGUGGAUCUGAAUUCCUACUUGCAAUUAGUAUUGACGGCUAUAGCUGUCGUAGUUACACUACUUUACCUUGUCAAAAGCACCGCUUCAAAGUACUUUGUUGUUGACGACGGCGACUCCUCUAAUUUUGACUCUUCUUCUUCGCCGAGUUUUGGUGAUCGGAGGAGGAGAAUGGAAACGCCCGAAGGUUGCGUUGUAUGUGGUAAUAUCACCACUAAACAAUGUUCUCGUUGCAAGAUGGUUAAAUACUGCUCUGAAACUUGCCAAAGAUCUCAUUGGAACUCUGGACACAAAUUUAAAUGCAAGGAUUUUCAGUUAUCUGGGAAAGGCAGUUCUUUGCAAGGGAGAAAAUCUACUGCAGUUUCACUGACUCAUGCUAGUGGAACCUCUAAGAUACUAGACCAUUUGAAGAAGGAACUUUUCCCAUAUGAGGAAUUCUUGGAACUCUUUAACUGGGAUAGCCCAGGUUUCCCACCUUGUGGGCUCCUUAAUUGUGGAAACAGUUGCUUUGCUAAUGUGGUUCUACAAUGUCUGACAUAUACUAAGCCACUUGUUGCCUACUUGUUGGAGAAAGGCCAUUUGAGAGAAUGUAGGCGGAAUGGUUGGUGCUUCCUUUGCGAAUUUCAACACCAUGUAGAAUGGGCUAGUCGGAGUCAGCAGCCCUUCUCACCAAUCAACAUACUUUCACGGUUGCCUAAUAUCGGUGGUAAUCUUGGGUAUGGUAAACAGGAGGAUGCCCAUGAAUUUAUGAGGUUUGCGAUUGAUACGAUGCAGUCUGUGUGCCUCGAUGAAUUUGGUGGAGAGAAGGCUGUUCCUCCUAACACACAGGAGACAACACUUAUUCAGCACAUCUUUGGGGGUCACCUGCAGUCUCAGGUCAUAUGUACAGAAUGCAGUAAUGUUUCAAAUCAGUUUGAAAAUAUGAUGGAUCUGACAGUGGAGAUUCACGGGGAUGCCGAAUCUUUGGAGGAAUGCUUAGAUCAAUUCACAGCAAGAGAAUGGCUUGAUGGAGAUAACUUGUACAAAUGUGAUGGAUGCAAUGACUAUGUCAAGGCGUGGAAGCGCCUAAUGGUCAGGAGGGCACCAAAUAUCUUAACAAUUGCCUUGAAAAGGUUUCAGAGUGGCAGGUUUGGCAAAUUAAAUAAGAGGGUUAAUUUCCCUGAAACAUUGGAUCUCCGUCCGUACAUGAGCGAAGUAGGAGACGGCAAUGAUAUUUACAAGCUAUAUGCAGUUAUUGUUCAUGUGGAUAUGUUGAAUGCGUCAUUUUUCGGCCAUUACAUAUGCUAUAUCAAGGAUUUCCGCGGAAGUUGGUACAGGAUCGAUGACUGCAAGGUGGUUAAUGUUGAUCUGGAUGAAGUGCUUUCGCAGGGAGCAUACAUGCUCUUAUAUAGCAGGAUCUACCCUCGGCCAACAUCCCUAUUUCCCCUUGAACUUGUGAUGAAAGACGACCACCGCACAGUUAAAGUGGAAGACAAGCCGGCUUCGACAGACCAACUUGUUGAAUGUCUCCGUGCAACAGUGUCUCCAGCUACAGUUGUUGAUUCUGUUUCACCGCCAAUUGUUAAUGGUUCAGAAGCUAAGAUUAUCAGGGGCGAAGAGGAGCUAUUCUCCUUGACCAACCCUGAGGGUGGAAUGGAGGAUCAGGAGGUAGAUUUUGGGGCAAGUUCUCAUGCCCAGCAGGAGUUGCAGGAUGUUAAACCAUACAGUGCAGCUAUAGGAAGUUCUUGCCCUAGAGUGGUAUCCAAUAGUUCUUUUGGUGCUAGCACUUCGGCUGAAGUUGAGAUCCAGGAUUGUGAAAUAAAAUCCCCCUUUUCUGACUGUAAAAAUGAUACUGAACCAUGUCAAAGAACCACCGAUGACUGUCUGUUGAAUUCUUCCUUCAACGAGAAUUGUGUUGCCACAAAUGGUGAAAUGCUGGAUGAUGCUUCAUCCUCUGCCUCAAAAUUUGGUGGCAUCUCUCGCAAUGCGAAGUUACAGAAGUCCACUGAAAUGCCAGACAAAGAUAACCAGAACGAAAAGAUUUCGCCACAAGGAAUUCACAAUGUGGUCCUGAAAUCGGAUGGAGGGAGAAUUUCUGGCGCAAAGUUUAAGCCACUGUUUGCCCCUGGCUUUCUUGAGAAACGCCCAUUGAACCGAUCUGCCAAAAAGGAUGUCUCAGGGGAAGUUUGCCAUAAUAGCACCCUUAAUGGUCUGACAAAUGCCUGUACCAAGCCUGAAUUGUCUGGUGAAAACCACAUUGAUAUGGAUGACCAAGAUACUAAUGUGGAAGUAAAAAAUUCGGUGUCUAAUAAUGCGUCAAUUGGACAAGCUGCAAUUUCCCUUAAUGAGACUUAACCAUUUGUAAAUCUGGGGAAUCAAGUCGCCUUGAGAAUGGAGAUUCUGCUGUCUUGUGAAUGUGAUUGGACCAUUGAUGCCACAAUUAGUGACGGAAAGCCAUAAGUAGUGCAGCAAUCAGCUGGCUGGCUUAGAUAGUGAAUCUCAUGGAUGAGCUGAACUAGAACCUUAAGUGUCAGGAAGAAGUUCGGGAUAGGUUCUACAAGAGCCUGGAGAAGAUUACUAGCGUCUAAAUUAGGUGUUAUGAUCUCUUUCCCAUAUAACCCCUAUUUAAGUUUUCAAGAGAUCUAUUUUUCACCAAGGAGGUGCUGCAUAGCAUUGUUGCAGAGCUUCUUCAGAUGUUGACAAUAAACUGGAAAAAAUCAUGGUCGGGAACCACAUGUUGUUCAUCCAUUCAGGGACUGACCUGAGGUACUAGUUCUAAAUCUAUGGAUGUUUUGGCGAUCUAACUUCAAUAGAGAUAGAGAAUAACUGAGUAGCAUAUUUUUACUUGAUAUUAUUGGUACUCCCCUCGUCACAAUAGAACAAGCUGGGAAUUUAUUCCAGGGUUUCAAUAUUUGAAGAAAUCUUGGACAAACUUGUAUCCUUUUGGCUGGGUUCAUCUAGCGAGAAGGAAUUGUCAUACAUUUGUGGGAUGGAUAGAAGUGCCAUAACUUUGUGAAAGUUCCAUUAAUUGGAUGCUAUUGGUGCCAACCAUCUGUUGUAAAUUCUAAUUCAUUCGUUCUUAUAAUUGCUCAACACUAGGCGCUGUAGUUUAGAAUGAUAAUUCUUGUUUACUUCUCAUUUAGCAGCAAUGUUUAGAAGAUUGUGGGGUGGGAUGUGGUUAGGGGGGUGAAAGUGGAGUAGACAGGUAAUGUAGAAGUUGUUUGUCAGGUCUGCUAUCUUCCACAUAUGUUUUAUGUUCGACUUUCCCGAAACUCAUGUAGUCAUUUGUUCUCUUAGAUUGAGAAAACACUGUUUGAUUGAAUUAUUUAUACUAGCGUCUGUUUGGA